AUGGAAUUCCAUGCUGACUGGUGGGGACUGUAUCGGCCAGGACUUCUUGGCCAAGCACUCAUAACUCGAAGGAGGGGGUAAGAUUAGUUCUUUCUUCUCCUUUUGUCCUCACCUGACCUUCCACUUGAGCCCAAUCACGGGACUCUUCACCAAGCCGCUUCUCUCUCGCUGUGACCUAUUUGGGCCCUUAUAAAUUCCUGGUUUGUUUACAUUAACAUAAUCGUUGAUUUCUUCCGUUAAUGCGUCCUUUUUAUAUUAACAUGGGUGUUAUUAUCCUCAGAGGAAUAUUUCCAUAAACAAAACUGUUUUCCUCAUUGUUUGGGGAUGUUUUCUAAGUUCAAGUUUUCAGAAGUGAGGAAAAAUUAGACAAACGGGGUUAUUUACAAAAAACACUCUAGUUACGUAAUCGUUUUGUCGGAUCUCUGCUCCUGAUAGGCCGUUGAUCUGUUCGGGGGUCUUACUAUUUUGGGAUUUGGUGUUAUUAUACGAAAUAGGUUGGAACCUCUAUAUAUUUCUAGAUAAGUAUCUCAAAAUUUCAAAUAAGGCGGUUUGGUCUGUUUGAAUUUUUAAUGGCCUAAGAGCAGACAUGUCAAUUGGGCCGGGAUUUUUGCUCUUGGGGGGUCGAAGCCCGGUCCGGUAAAAAAGUAGGAAAAUUUUCAAUUCAAAAAAUAAAGAACUUAUUUUUUACAAAAAAAUUUUUAAUUGGGUUUGGGAACCGGUUCGCAACCGGGCUUUGGCCGGCACGGUUGCCAUGCCUGCCUGAGGGGAUCAAGAAAUUUCAGGUGGGAUGCCAUUAUCUCCCUGCUUAAUCCAGGAAACCAGUUUACUCAAUGUGACUUUAAUCCCCUUUGCUGUUAUGAGCCUUUUUCGGGAUUAAAAUAGUGUUCUGUGGGUACCGAAGCGAUCUCUUUUAUGCUGUUUUAUUUCAAAAAAUGCAAAAAAAAUCGUAAGAAACAUGGACGUGUUUAUGUUUUUGAUUUGCUCCGCCUUUUACAGCCGACGUUCUGAGCCGUCAAGCUCUUUUUUCUGGUCAAUUUUUAUUUUGUCCAUGCCCCGAGAUCAAGAAGACUCUCUGUUUUCUGGCAAAUUGAUCGGUUUGGACCAAACGACAAGUGCAUUUGAUUUGUAGUGUGGGUAAUGUGUUUCCGACUGUAGAUCUCGUGUUUACGGCCCAUUUUGCAGCGAUUUUUGGUCUGAUGAAUUGAUUUCUCCUGCCUUCGCCCCCUCCGAAUGGGUCAUUUCGGGCGCCGCGUAAUAAACGGACAAUCGAGAACGGACCGUCGAGGCGGAGAGGGGCAACGCGUCUUGGUCUCGCUCGGCUUUUAUUCUCGUUUUGUGUUAUCCAUGGGAGCGAGGACUGUCGGCGUUUACAAUCGCGCAGUGACAGUCGAAAUGUUUUCCGGGAUAUAGUGGUCUUGGGGAAGUGGGGAGCAGGACUCGUUGAUUUGUGAUGCAAUUGCCUUGUUUACAUCAUUUUCCUCUCUCUUGCGUCAAAUUUUUCUUAAAAUUGAUUAGAUUUUCUUGAUUUUUUACUGUCGUUCGUUUCUUUACCGAAACAAAUCAUGUUUUCCCUGGCCCUCUGCAGUUAAUGUAGAUUUCUGGCGUUAUACUUAUUCCGACCCACUUCUCUCACCGGUUUUACGACUUUCAUUGAUCCUAUCCAUUUUCAGACGCGCCCACACCAGAAAAAUCAGGCGACUUCCGAGUGACGUCGACCGAGAUCUCGACGUCCAAGGUCUGCCAGCCACUCCCGAGACGACUUCCACCUCAUUCUUCAACAUACGGUCCCAUCGUUGCUGAACUUUCGCCUCUGUUCGUCGUAGACGUCAGGGCCCAACGCGCCGCAAACAUCCGCGCACCCUCCAAUCCCAUCGACAAGUUGAACUCGGCGAGCUUUUUGCCUCGAUUCGAGAUUCCAAUGGACACCAAUUUCAAGUAAGUUGUGUAGAAUAUUGCUUUUGGACAUUUGGCAUCACACAUUUAAGUGUUUUAGAUAUGAAUUUUUUUUUUGCAAUUUUUGAUCAAGUUGUGCUUUCAGAACAACUGAAAUGGACUUGAAACGUCGCUCCCGCGUGGAACGUUUCAUCAUCGGGGAUUCGGACACGGAAAGCGAGUCAGGCCACGAGCCAAGACGUCGUCGUCUCUCCUCAUCCGACCUGUCGGACGAGGACGAUCAUUCGGUGGUCGGUGGAGCUCCAACAACUCUCGACUUCGAACUUGAUGAGGACCUUCAAGAGGUCCAAACUAAGCCCGUCGCCGCCUUUUUCAUCGAGGACGACGACGAGGAGGAUGAGUCGAGGCCGGCGCUCAACGAACAACAUCAACUGGUGCCGUUGAGACCUCUGGGCAUCGGCCAGAAUCCCGUGUUGAAGGCGCAGAAACAUCGUCAACGUAGAAAUCGAUUCUCCGGUGGGUUCUUUUGAUUAGUUAUACUGGGGGUUUGUGUUUUUUUACUGAGAUUGACGCUAUUUUUGAGCCAAACGUUAUAUUGGGCACGUUGUUUUCCAGAAAUUUUUGGCCGGGAUUCCCUCGAAUUUUCUAUUCCUGACCCCGUUAUUAGCAUGACGCAACGCUGUCAGUCCCCGGCCCACCGCCUCGAGGUCUUCAAUUGUCCAAAAACAUAUUUGCUAAGCCGGGAAAGUGCUGGGCUUUGUUGUUUUCACCCCCUUUCCUGGACUAUGGUAGUUUUCAAAGGGAGGAUUUGAGUGUUUACAAUUGGGAACGCUGGCAGAACGUUCUCUCUUCCCGCAGUCGUCCUUUUUUUGAAACGUUCUGUCCUCGAAAACAUCUUAGCCCACCUUUUUUUGCUAUUCAAAUGGAAGAAAAUCCACCGAAAAUAACAAAAAAAAAACGCAUUCAGCAAGAGGGAUUCCUUGCCAAAAGGCAAACAAGAUACUGUAACGUACAAAAGUCAUUUAAUAAGCCAACAGAGAAUUAAAGAGUCUGUUUUUAUUUAUUUCGAAGGACUUCUGCACAAAUUCUUCGAUAAAAUUAGCUUUUUCGAAUGAAUUCGAUUAAAAAGUUGAGCUAGAAUAGUGUAACGUUAAACUUUUAAUCUCAAAAGCUCUCAACCACAUCCAAAAGUUUGUAUGUCGCCGGCAUGUGUCAAAGUGCCCCUAUUCUUACUGUAAUGUAGUGUGAACCGAUUGUUUUCGUGCAAAAAACAAGGCCAUAUCUGAUUCUUUCAUUACUCCCGAAUGUUUUUUAUUUUUUUUUUUUGUUUUGCUGUAAACUCUCCCAUUUCUCACCCCGGCCUACGGUAACAUAAGGUUUUAGAAGAGAGAAAGUGCAUUUCUCCUUGUUUUGGUCAGAGCCGCGGCCUUUUCCUUUCCCUUUUCUCGAGUCACAAGACUUGGUUCUCUCUGUCAUUCAGGGCUCCUCGGGCCCCACGCUCCCUCGUUUCUCAUCUGUUACAGAGAUCUUCAGCCUUUGAGAUAGGGAAAGAAAGGAAAUGCUGUUUGUCUGACAAAAGUCUCGAAUCAAUGCAAAGGUCCUGUUUCUCAGAGUUUUUUUUUGUUUAAACUUGGCUUUUGACCCGCCAGUCAUUUCUCCCUGGUGGGAGACGGUAGAGAAAAAGACAAUACAAAAAAACGAAAGAAAUCGCGUGACCCUCCGAGCCCGCGCCCUUCUUCCUUUUGUGCAGCGAAAAUAAAACAAAAAUAAUUUGAAUAGCAAUUACAAUAUAAAAGAGAGCAGAGAUUAAAAAAGAAACCAAUCACAAAGUAAUUGAUGGGAGAAAGUAAAUUGCAGUGACAUAUGACAAUAAACGUCAUUGAGUGUAAUAUCAGUAAAUAAACACAGCUUUGCAGAUUUCUACCGCCUAGCCAACGAUCAUCUGGGUUCGGGAGCCUAUGCCUCGGUCCGCACUGGUAUCUGCAUUGAGACCGGCAAAGAGUACGCGGUGAAGGUGGUCAACAAACAUGAGCCUGGGCACACCCGAUCUCGGAUCCUGAGAGAAGUCGAGAUCUUCAAGAUGUGUGCCAACCAUCCCAACAUCGUCCAGAUGGUCGAGGUAGGCUUGAAAUAACUUGAAGAAAAACAUUGGAAAUGCUUUUCAUGUUUAAUUAAUGUUUUUUAGUGGUUCGAGGACGAAGAUACCUUCUACAUGAUCUUCGAGAAGAUGCGCGGAGGUCCUCUGCUCAACCACAUCCAACGCAAGGUCUGUUUCACGGAACAAGAAGCCUCCAUGGUCACCCGCGACAUCGCCAACGCUCUCAAACACCUCCACGAACGCGGGAUCGCUCAUCGGGAUGUGAAGCCGGAGAAUAUCUUGUGCACUGACCUCGACCGGGUCAGUCCCGUCAAGCUAUGUGAUCUCGACCUGGCCUCCAAACCCUCCAUCAACAAGAUCCGCAAGCAAUCCCGCACUCUCCACAACGUGCAAUCCGAGCCCGAUCUGGCCAGUCCAGUGGGUUCGGCCGAAUUCAUGGCACCAGAAGUGGUGGAUGCGUUUGUUGGGGAUGCUCUCAAAUACGACAAGCGAUGUGACAUGUGGAGUUUGGGGGUCAUUAUCUACAUUAUGCUCUGUGGGUACACCCCAUUCUAUGGAGAAUGCGAACGCGAAAACUGCGGUUGGGAUCAAGGGCAGCCAUGCACCGACUGCCAGGAAAGUCUCUUCCAUCGAAUCCAACGAGGAGACUUCGAUUUCCCCGAGGAAGAUUGGGCCAACAUCUCCGUGGAAGCCAAGGAUCUCAUCUCCCACCUGUUGGUGAAGAAUGUUCGUCUUCGUUACACCGCCACCGAUGUUCUCAAACACAAAUGGGUCUGUGGGGGAGCACCGGAGACUCCGCUUCAGACUGCUAACAACCUCUUCCGCAAUGAUUCGGCCAGAGAUGUUCAUCAGAUGAACGAGCAUUUCAAUGUAAUGAACAGAUUGACCGCUGUCAGAUUGAGCGCUCGGUUGGAGGAGACUGUCCCUGAUCUCGGGUCGUCUCCCGAAACGGAACUUGUUCUCAGUGAGAAUGUAGAUGAAAGUGAAGAAGAAAAGGGUAUUGAAGUGAGUGAUUAGUUGUAGUGUGAUGCUAUGUUUGGAAUCUGGGUUUGCUAAAUGAGUUGAUUUUAGAAUGCGGAGAACACUGAGAACGUCCCGAUUGAAGUCCCGCCACCGAUUGCAAAGUCUCCGGAUGUGUUCGAACAGUCUGAUCUUCCUCCUCCCGAAGCCAACAAACCCUUCCAACAGGUCCAACCCCAACCCGAUUACAACCCCACAUUCCCGGUCUACGCCCCUCCCCCGCCCAUGUUCACCAAUAACUAUGUUAAUAAUUACGGGCCCCCUCCGGUGAUCAACAUGAACGGGAUGUUGUUGUAUGCGCCCACCCAAGUGAUGGCCACACAGGAUGGGCCCACGUACUUCAACCAAUUUUACCCCCCUUGUGCCCCGAUGUUCAACCAAAUAGACCCCGCGAUGGUGCCGCAAUGGCCCCAGAACCCCCAAAGAGCGGCCAACCAGUUCUCGAAUGCCCACUGGUCCACCAAACCCGAAAACAUUGACACGGCCAACCGAGGCCGUCAACUGCGCGCGGAAAGACUCCGUCAACAACGAUCUCUCACGCCCGGAUAUCAACAACAUGUCCAGACUGCCCGCAAUCAGCAGUCCAGACAAUCCAAAAACAAGAAGCUGUUUCCCACCAACAUUCGGCCAGGAGGCUCUCACGCCGCCUUGGAAACAUGUCAGAAUGCAAUGGUCAGACAGGUAAGAAAAAUUUCUGCUGUACUGGAGAUUAGACAGUUAACAGUAUCUCAGACUUUAACAAUGUCUUUUAGGAAUCAUCCCACGAUCUCCAUCACCGUCAGACCAACCGCGAAACUCAAGUGAAUGUCUAG